GCGUUUCUUAAACUCAGUAAAGCUCAAAGCACUAAAGAAGUAAGUCACUGGUGGCCUCUUCACCGAGUGAUUCGGUGUGCGUGCUUCAUGUCAACACGACUCAUUUGAAGAAACCGAAUUUCCUGAAAGCAUGCCGCGAGCUUUCCUCAUCACACAUCGGCGGUACAACUUGGAUGGAGUGGAGCAGAAAGAACUAAACUCGGAAAAUGCUGUCAGUAUCGCCGACGAGGGCGACUCCCAGCCCUCGGAAUGCCCCGACGAGCUGUACAAUUUGACCAAAUUGGCCGAAGUGGCGGUAGCCACCGGGCAAAUCCUGGAACAAACCAGGCUUUCCUCCUCCAACGACCAACCGGUCUUCACCUACACCCAUAAGCUGUUCGAUAAGUCCUCACGGGCACCCAGGCCACAUCUAAUCAAGACUGAAGAAUACAAUAGAAAAAUUGUUUCGUCUUCUACCGUAAAUAUACCGCAUAGCACCACCCAGGAUGGGGUUCUGGGCGAGAGUAAUGACCACGAAUGCAAUGAUUGUGGCAAAAGAUACAGCACUUCGAGUAAUUUAGCCAGACAUAGGCAAACGCAUAGAAGUCCGGGGGAUAAGAAGGCUAGACGUUGCCCCCACUGUGACAAACUUUAUGUCAGCAUGCCGGCGUUUUCGAUGCAUGUGAGGACUCACAAUCAAGGCUGCAAGUGUCAGUAUUGCGGCAAGUGUUUCUCGAGGCCUUGGCUGCUUCAAGGACACAUCAGGACCCACACAGGCGAAAAGCCGUUCAAAUGCACCAUCUGCAACAAGGCCUUCGCCGACAAGUCCAACCUGCGUGCCCACAUCCAGACGCACUCCAACACCAAGCCCCACAUUUGCGGCCGCUGUGGCAAAGCCUUCGCCCUCAAGUCCUAUCUCUACAAACACGAGGAGUCCUCCUGUAUGCGCAUCAACGGACGGCACUCCUCGCGCGAAGCCACUCCGGAUAAAGUCGCCUCUCCAACUCCGGUGAUCGUUUCCGGGCCCCGGAUCAGCGACAGCGUUAUCAAAAGUCCGGAGCGACCGCUUUUGUACCGCUCGACUGUCAUUUCGCCGAAUCCGGAGCGCCUUCUCUGCUCGACCAUCAAACAUCCGUCGGUUAUUUUGAACACUUCGGCUAGGUUCGGGAUUGGGCAGAUUUUUCAGGAACAGCCGAUGGAUUUUUCAGCGAAUCGAAGGGAGUAUGGGUUAGCUAUCGCGGUUUAAAAGUCGAUUUAAAUUCCGUCAAGGGACCAUUGUGAAUUCAAGUGCCAUUGUAUGUUUGCCCUUGGGCAGCUUCUGAUUGUAGUAAUUUUGUAAAUAAGUGGACGAUACUAUUAGCCGAUAAUUUUUCUUUUAAGUUCAAAGUGCCUCAAGUUGUACUAGACGAGAGUGUCUCUAGUCUUGGAGCGCAUUUCGUCGAACGAAGUUCGACCGAAAUGCGUAGUCAUUUUAAAUUUUAAGUUAUUUAUUUCUACUAACAAGUAAUAAUAGUUUUAGUUGGUUUUUAACGUAUCGGCUAAUGAUAUAGCUUUUCCUAGUCAAGGCAAGUUGGUCGCAACUUGUAAGGCCACAAGUGCAAUAUACUUAAGAAUUUUAUUUAAUCGUAAUUAUUUAUUCGUGUGGUAAAUUAUCGUAGAUAGUUUCUUGUUUAUUGCCAAAAAAUUCAUUCCUAGAGGAUUUAGAGUUUGUCAUUCCCGUAUAACAGUCUACCUUUUUGGUGCAACCGUUUGUGAAAUUCGUUUUCUUACUUUUGUGUACUUUUAUACCGAACAUUUUUUAAUAAACGUGCAAUCUAAUUGAGA